AUGGCUCUUCUGGCCAAAGCAAGUGGUCUAGCACUGGUCAGCAUGACCAUCAUCAUAGUGACCGUAGUCACGCAAGCCUUCCGCGUACCCGCCGAACUGAAGGGCCAACUCCGCGGCAACUUCAUCAUCCGCCCCGGCAUCUUCGAAGCAAUUGGCGUAAUCGCUUUCGCCUUCGUCUGCCAUCACAACAGCCUCCUCAUCUACGGGUCCCUCCGCAAACCUACGAUCGAUCGAUUUACACGCGUUACACACUACAGCACCAGUAUAUCUUUAGUCGCAUGUCUUGUCAUGGCUCUAACAGGCUACUUGACCUUCGGAGACAAAACCCUGGGCAACGUGCUGAAUAACUUUCCGAAUGAUAACCUCAUGGUCAAUAUCGCGCGACUGUGCUUCGGCCUCAACAUGCUCACUACGCUUCCGCUCGAAGCCUUUGUAUGUCGAGAAGUCAUGACCAACUAUUGGUUUCCAGACGAGCCGUACCACCCGAACCGCCAUCUCAUCUUCACGACUUCGCUCGUCGUCUCCGCCCUCACACUCUCCCUCCUCACCUGCGAUCUCGGUAUAGUGUUCGAGUUGUUCGGCGCAACAUCUGCAUGCGCAUUAGCCUUCAUCCUGCCGCCCCUUUGCUAUAUGAAGCUGAGCCAAAGAAGCUGGAAGACGUACUUGGCUGGGGCUGUUGCGGCAUUUGGAGGUAUCGUUAUGGUCAUCAGCAUCAUUAAGACGACGAGCAAAACGAUGAUGGGUAACAGUGAAGGGGCCAAAUGUAGUUGA